CAAAUUCCUUUCCCUCUCUCUCGGUUUUCCUUAAAACCCAAACCCUAAAUCAGACUCCCAUUCUUCCCUCUUUUCUCUCGCAGUAGCAAACCACCCGCGCUUCCCCUCCGCUCGCCAACGGCUGUGCGACGCCGGUCUUCCCCUUCGCAACCCAGGGAACCAAGACCCCCGUUACCCACACCCUUUCCCCGCUAAAACCCCCUGCCAAAACACCCAAAACCCCCGUCUCUCUCUAUCUCUCCUUCACCCUUCGACCGCAACAGUCUCACGCUAGCAGCAAGGUCGCGCCGUCAGCCGCUAUGCCGAGGAAGAAGAACACCACUGGGCAGGUUGAUUGGGACAAUGCGAAGUACUCCGUAGUUGAAGGUAAAUCCCUGGACCCUGCGCAUUUUUCAUCCGAAGUUUUGAGCAUGUUAAAAUACCAAGGAUUGUUAAACCUAUUUCUGCUCAUUAAGAAUGAUACAUACCCCGAGCUUGUGAAGGAGUUUUACCGAAACAUGAAAAUUAGGCGAGAAAAUGAGGUCACCAUAAUCAACUCUAAGGUGAAGAAUGUUAAGAUUGUAUUGGACCCUCCCUGCCUUGCUCGAAUGCUUAGGCUGACUUUGAUAGGAGUUUCCAAGUACGGAAGAGAAAGUUGGAUUGAGACCGAAUCUGUGGGGUAUCAAGAUUAUUUGCAAUACAUGCUGGGUCAACGGGAGGGUAUAGCUAGAGAUGUGAGACCCGUGAAGAGUGAAUUGACUGCAGAGCAAAGAAUUCUGGUAAUGCUUGUUAGUGAGAGCUUGUUGCCUAAUAGGAAUAAAAGCAAUAUUAUCGGGAGUAUGGAGUGCACUUUUGCCUACUUCUUGAAGCAUCGGGUCAAAUUCAACUUACCCGUUCUCAUGGUUAACCAUAUGGAGUUUUGUAAGAAUUCCAAUCGGAAAAGCUUGCCGUAUGGGAUGAUCUUGAGUUGGAUAUUUGAGCAGAAGGGUGUGAAUGUGACCAACGUGUUAGCCAAGCCACCUGGAAGAUUGACAUUUAAUGCACCAAAUCUGAGGUACUGUGAGAUAUAUCAGAUAGAGAACAAGGAGUACAUCACCACCGAUGAAUUGAGUCGUAUGCCGGCUGAUGAGAGGAGGGCCUUGAUGGAAUUGUACCACAUACCGAAUAAGAAGUCUAAGUCUCAAGUGCAAGGAGAAGAGGAAGAAGAACAAGGAUCGAAGGAUGAAGUCAAAGAAGAGGAUGAAGACCGCCCGAGUAAUGAAGAUGGGAGUUCGAGAGAGCAUCGGCAGAAGGGUGGGCACGACCCAAGAUCGACAGUUGACCUCGUGCUGUUCCAGAUUUUCAAGCUACGACAGGUCACGGAGCAGGGAUUCAGAUCGGUGAACGCCAAGAUAGAUGAAGUGUGCCAGAUGAAGGAGGCCAAGUAUGGGAAUGAUGGGCCAGCAGGUUUGCCCGGUUCCAGCUCUGGGGCGAGGAUCGACGUUCCAGGCAGUUCAUCGCAGGGUGGUGCCCCAGGUCAAGGUCGUGAGCUAUACGACAAUGAACCUGUCAUUGAGAACAACGGUGUUCAUCUCUUUGAUCCAAAGCUGUCUCAAGGGAAGCACCAUGAUGACCGAGCUACUCUCACUGCUGCAUCGGCUCCUGCUGCUCAAGUUCGUGCUGCCACUGCUCCACCAUCACCUACUGGUUCUGGUUCGUCUCAACUUCCGGCUUCUUCUUCAAGGAUUCCGGCUGAACCUCCUGCUCUUGUUUCUCACCGCCAGCUUGCAGAGUCUAUCCAGUCCUCCUUAACUAUGAUUCGGAAUUCAAUUGCGUCUCAACAGGAUGCUGCUGCUGGGUUAGAAAAGAAUUUGCUCUUUCAUCUUCGCGAGAUUGCUAGGUUGGAGAAAUUGCAUGCUGAAAUUCUGGCUGCUCGUGAGGACCCUGCCUCUGACUCUGAUGCUGUUGAGUCUGAUCCUGAUGAAGAUGAUUCUGGCCCUGAAGAAGAUUCUGACCCUGAAGAGGAUCCUCCUGAUUCUGGCUCUCCGUCAGUCCACUAGAUGUUCACUUUUGUCAAUUUUUGGCAAAAAGGGGGAGAAUUUUUUUUGAGGGGGAGCUCUUCAGAUCUGAGACCAUAGCCAUUUCCUCCUCCAAGCCAUUUCCUUUCUUCAGCCAAAUUUAUAGAUCUGCUAGCAGCCUCUCUUCAGAUCUGAGACCUUAGCCACUUACGCCCGCCACCAACAGAUCUGAAACCACAGCCGACGCCGACGGCCUUCCUCCGCCGUAGCUGCCAUCCGACGCCACCGCCAACGCUGCCUCACUCUUGACCGCCACGUACCGACGCCAAACGCCACAGCCAUCACCCCGGAGCUGCCUCACUCGCCGGAGCUGCCGUCCUUCACCAGUUGCCACCUGCAUCAAACUCCAAAUUUGGGAUACUGCUGGUCAAGAACGGUUCCGAACGAUCACUACUGAUAUUAGGAACUGGAUUCGAAAUAUUGAGCAUCAUGCCUCCGGCAAAGAAAACACUGCAAAAGAAACUGAGAUUAGGGAAAAACUUGCUGAUGAGUAUGGGAUUAAGUUUUUCGAAACUAUGAAAAUCUCAUUUCUUUUUCUCCCUCUCCAUAUGAGUUAAGCAAGAAUACAAUGACAAAGUACAAUCAAAUGGAAAGGAAGAACAUCGUGCACGAGAUCUCUUUUAUGCUCUCUCGGUUCCGAGGCUUUUUAUGGACUCAGGGCAAGGCAAAGAAAGUUGUACAGGCACAAAAUCUCUUGUUUGAAAUCUUGAAGUCUCAGAUAGAAACUGGUAUUCCCUACAUGCUAUAUAAGGGCUUGAUGGACUCUCGUGCCAACAUUUGUGUGAAGAGAAUGGGAGAACUUGAUAAGAAGCCAUUCAUCCGUGCUACAAAGCUAAAAUAUCAGCUUUAGAGGCUUGGUGUUGCUACUUCUGAGCUUUUGGAAAUCUACUGUUUUAGCUUUAAAGAUUAUUGAGAAGGAAUAUUAGCUGUUUGUUCAUUUUCCCAUGUUAACUUUUGGAGGCUUUUAUGUGAAUUUAGUUUUAUAAAAUUCACUGCGUAUAUGUAUGGUGGAUUUUGAAUAGAUAAUUAAUUGUUAUUAGUUUUGUAAA